AUGAGAGAAACAGUCCAGGAAACGAGCCUUGCGUGGAAGAGCAAUGUGGAUAUAUUUGGUGCUGGUGUUGGCUUCAAUGAUGAAGGAGGAGGCGGUUUCGCAACUUACAAGCGAGUGGUGGCCUCUGUUGAGGAAGUGCCUGUGGAGAGUCUUCAACAACAGGAGAUUGCUUUCAUGCUGAUUGGGCACAUAUUGGAUAAAGUCCAGAUUGAUCUUAAGCUUUUGUAA